AGAAACUGCACAGACAGGACUCUAAAGUGAGAAUCUCCUGAUUUUUCACAAGAUGCUGGACUGGAGAUUGGCAAGUGCACAUUUUAUCCUGGCUGCGACGUUGGUGGUCUGGAGCUCAGGAAAAGUGCUCUCAGUGGAUGUCACAGCAGAGGCCUUUGAUCCUAGAGUCUUAGAUGUUCAGUCACCACCCACAGUCAAGGAAGAGAAAUCAGCCACUGAUCUGGCAGCAAAACUCUUACUUCUUGAUGAACUUGUGUCUCUGGAGAAUGAUGUGAUUGAAACAAAGAAGAAAAGAAGCUUCUCUGGUUUUGGUUCUCCCCUGGACAGACUCUCAGCUGGCUCUGUAGAUCAUAAAGGUAAACAGAGGAAAGUAGUAGAUCAUCCAAAAAGGCGAUUUGGUAUCCCCAUGGAUCGGAUUGGUAGAAACCGGCUUUCAAAUUCCAGAGGCUAAUUGAUUCCAAUCACACAACUUCCUUGGGCGAAAUGUCACAGAAAUAUGGAAGAUGCUGCAGUGAAGUUCUUCACACUCCACAAUGAUUAAACUUCUAAGGAACCUUCUGUAAUCCUUUCCAGAGCUUUAACUUCAGUUCAUCACAUCACAGUAUUGUUGUAACUUCAAUUAAAUUGUGCAGAUAAUUUCAAUGUAUGGAUAUAUUUUAAAUAUAUAUUUUAGUUAUUCAUGAACGGUUACUUGGCCCCAAACCUUACUUUUCUAAGAAACACAAUACAGUGAAACGCUUUCUAUGUGCAUUUACCAUUUACAUAUAUUACUGAAGAAUAAUAACUGAAGACUGAUAUCUUUCAGUAAAAUUUAGGUACAAUCCAUUUGUUCAUCAUUGGGGAACAAGGAAAGACAAUGCUGUAUAGUUUCUCUUGAAGUUUUACUUCUCUCGUAUCCUUUGUCUGUGAGGCUCUUGGGUAAUGAUUAUGAAACUAGACUUCUCUUAUAUUCAAAUGUCAAUCCGGCUCAACCAAAUAAAACACAGUCCCAGUUCCAGAAACAAGAGAAAAAUGUCUCUGAGCAGAAAAAAACAGCAGUAAUUAAGCCCAUAAACUUUAUUCUCCCAAUGAACUAAGAAACACUGCGGGUCGGAGUACAUUGACUUAGAACUAGGAAAUGAAGGAUAUUACUCAUUUGCCAAGUUUGGCUAUCUCAUGUCCCCUAACAACUUUCCAUUUCUCUAAAUUACAACUUAUAGUUAAUUAAGAGUAGCACUGGCUGAUUAUGAGAACAACUACACACAGAAGUAACAGAUGAAAGUAUGGGGAAGUCAAAGAAUCACCAAGUAGGAAACCACCAAAGCACUUGGGGCCAAUUAAGUUCACCUAAUUGUAGCACAGUAUAUUUUAGCACAUUACAAUAAACAGUCUUUUUGUUGUUAAUCACUCAUCUAAGAAUCCAUUUAAUUUGUUUCAUAUACUGUGUUUAAUAAAGCAUUGAAGAAUAUA